AUGCUGUUAACAUUAAAUGAAAAAAAUAAUAAUUAUCUUUUACUUAAAAAUAUCAAUAAAAAAAGAAAAUAAAAUAAAAUAAAAAGUAUGAUGAAUUAUAGAAAGUUUGUAGAUAAAAUAAAUGAUCCUUAUUUGAAGGUUAGUUCUGAUAUAAGUUUAAAUUUUGGAUUUUGUGAUCUUAGUGCAAAAUUUGCUACAGACAUAGGUUCUGCUUUAGAAAAUUUAGAUAAUAUCAAAAGAUUAGAUCUAACUCUAAGUUAAAAUAAAAUAGCUUUGAGUGGGGCAAAAGAUAUAAUUUCUUCGUUAUCUACAUGUAAAAAUCUCUAAGUUUUGAAAUUAAACCUCUAUGACAAUAAGAUCGCUGCUUAAGGUAAAACUGGAAUAAGUGAAGCAUUUGAAAACUUCGAAAGUUUAAAUUAGUUAACUCUAUAUUUAGACUCUAACAGAAUGAGUGCAUCAGCAUUAUCAAAGCUUGGUUCUGAUAUUUCUAAAAUAAAGAAUCUUCAAUUCUUAGAUCUCGGAUUAACAAAUUGUUAAAUUGAUACUAAAGGACUCUCUGGUUUAUUUUCUAGUCUAAAAAACAGCUAAACUUUGAGAUAGUUAGCUAUCUCGUUAGGAUAAAAUAAACUUACUUCAAAUGGAUUAUCUGAAUCAGGAAAUCAAAUUGCUUAAAUAUCAAAUCUUCAAAUUUUAAACCUCGAUUUAGCAUUAUGCUAAAUUGAUGAAAAAGGGAUAUUUGAUUUCUGUUCUGCUUUUUCAAGUAUUCAAAGUUUGAAAAAAUUGACAAUCUCUCUUGGAUAAAAUAAAAUUGGAGAUGAAGGAGUUUCUAACUUGUGUGGUUGUAUAGGAAAUAUUAUUUCUCUCUAAAACCUAACUUUAUUAUUUGAUGAUUGCAAACUCACAAAUAAAGGAGCAAUGAGCGCAAUUUAAAAUAUCUCUGGCUGUAUUAAUCUUAUAACUCUUCAUAUUCAUGUUACAGACUUAAAUGAACUUGACUGUGAAUAUGAUAUGUUAAGAAAGGCUAAAAAAUUUAAUAAAAAGUUAUUGAGGAUUGAUUACUGA